AUGGGCGUCAUUAGAAAGAAGACCGUCACACGAGGCGGCGAGGGUGGUGUCAAGUACCACUGCGAUAUCUGCUCUGUAGACAUCACAUCAACGGUACGCAUCAGAUGCGCCCACUCCGCCUGCAACGACUACGACCUCUGCGUCCAAUGCUUUUCGCAGGGCAAAUCCAGUUCGAACCAUAAGCCAGAAUCACAUCCAUACCGCGUCAUCGAGCAGAACUCCUUUCCCAUCUUCGACCGGGAUUGGGGCGCCGACGAAGAACUUCUCCUCCUUGAGGGCGCAGAGAUAUACGGCCUGGGAUCAUGGGCUGACAUUGCGGAUCACAUUGGCGGUUUCCGCCACAAGGACGAAAUUAGGGACCACUACCUGAAGGUCUACGUCGACUCGCCCAGGUUUCCGCUGCCGAAACGCUGCAGUCCAGGCGACAAUGAGCUCGCAAACGAGAUCUCCAGGGAGGACUUCCAGGCCAAGAAGAAGCGCAGGAUAGAGGAGCGCAAAGACGCCGCGAAGAAUGCGCCCACAUUACAACCCAAGACGAAGCCGACCGCCUCCGUACCAGCAUGUCACGAAAUUCAAGGAUACAUGCCUGGUCGUUUGGAGUUCGAGACAGAAUACGCAAACGAGGCGGAAGAAGCGGUACAGCUCAUGCAAUUCGAUCCAGGCGAUGGCCUCAACCCUAGAACUGGUGAUCUUGAGCCGGAGAUGGAGCUGAAGUUGACGGUCAUGGACAUCUACAACUGCCGCCUUACCCAGCGUGUCGACAGGAAAAAGGUCAUUUUUGAGCACAACCUGCUGGAAUACCGCGAAAACACAAAGGUCGAAAAGAAGAGAAGUAAGGAGGAGAGGGAUCUGCUCAACAAGGCCAAGCCUUUUGCAAGGAUGAUGAACCACGACGACUUUGAGAGCUUAUGCCAGGGUCUUAUUGACGAGCUCAACCUCCGACAGGCUAUUACCCAGCUUCAAGAAUGGAGGAGUCUGCGCAUUGGUGACCUUCGAAGCGGAGAGAAGUUCGAGACUGAGAAGGCGCAGAGGGCACAGAAAGCGAUACCAAUGGGCUCAAUGGACAGAGAGCGCAUGGCGUCGGCCCAAAGGUCCAAGGCGGCCGCUGUGCCCGACCCCCCAAGCGGAGCCGCACUCCUUGUCCAGCCCGAGCUGCCAAUACGGACAGCACCGCCAUCCAAUGGCACCAACGGCGCGGACGCGAAAAGCGAGCCUCAAACCAACGGCAACGUCAACGGGGCCUCAACAAAUGGCACCGUCAUUGUGGCAAACGGAACGGGCCCGUCAGGUCCCGUCACGCGGCAGAAGUACAUGGCACAGGCUCUGCCAGGCGUCACACCCCUUACCCUUGCACAAGAGGCCGCACCAGACUUGCACCUGCUCACGCCUGAGGAAGCCAAGCUCUGCGAGGUGGUGCGGCUGCAGCCCAAGCCAUACCUGAUGAUCAAGGAGCAGAUUCUCAAGGAGGCCCUCAAGAGCAACGGUACACUGAAGAAGAAGCAGGCCAAGGAGAUCUGUAGGCUGGACUCGCAGAAGGGUGGGCGCAUUUUUGAGUUUUUCAUCAACGCUGGCUGGGUUGGCAGGGCAUAG